AGAAUUUGUGUUUUUCUUUUUUUUUUGUGUGUGUGUGUAACCACGCCUACACAGUGGCUGCCAAGGCUUACCCAUGAGUUAAACCUUCUUUAGUUGGUAAUGAGGAAGGCACGGGCUCUAGCAGUGGACACCCGAAGGCAGCAGUGGAUGAAAACAAGCAAAAUAAAGAAAAGUUUGGCUGUGAGAAGGUGCUAGACAGCCAGCCAUAGUGACAAGGAGGCACCACCACCAUCACCACCACAGGGAAGUUCUGCAUCGCUUGGGCUUGUCACCACACCCGCACUGCCCCUGGUGCCCCACGGUGGAGGAAACUAUUGAACACUCGCCCCUAUUCAGCCCUCGCUUCUAUUCCCACUGCGUUGUGCUCCGCGACCAACCAAGCCCUCGGGACCAACAUCCUUGACCUGCCCAACCUACUGGCGGCAGUGGGCAGCCCUCUACGCCAAAAACAAGAACAAUAAGAGAGAAGAGAAAGGCAUCUCAGUUGUCGCCGAUCAGCAGGAGCAGUGAGGAGGUCAACAUGAUUCCAGAAGUGGAUAUUUUUGUUGGAAAUUACACGAUUAUUGAUCAGGAAGUGUUUGAGUUAUGGGUGCAGGGUUACUCUGUGGUGGAGUGUGUGUCGGUGUUGCAGCAGCGCGGGGAGCUGGAGGCUUGGGGGGCGGCGCAGGACCUCCUUGCUUCGGACACUGGGGACCACUAUCGCACCUUUGGCAUGCUGGAGAAGCUGCUGCUCACGCCCCCUAAGCUGGCCGAGGAGUGGACCUUUCAGCUGGAGCCUGCCGUACAGCGCAUGGUCAUCGAGAAGUAUUACGAGCUGGACGACAUCGUUAUCCGAGAAAUCAUUGGAAAGAAGUUAUCGGGCCGAACCAGGAAGGAUCUUGACGACGUGGCUGAGAAGACAGGUGUGCUUCUGAGAUCCUGCAGACGUCAAUUUGAUAACGUGAAGCGGAUUUUCAAGCACGUGGAUGAGAUGACUGGCUCAGUGAUGGCCAAUAUCCAGUCUGCCUUCCUGCUGCCACCGCCGCUGGCCAAGAAAUAUGCAUCGAUCGUCUUCAUCAUCAACAACCGCUUUGAGACAAGCAAACGCAAGCUGAACUACUUAACGUUUGAGGACUUCUCAGUGUGUGCGUCCCUCAUGAUGUCGUCCUGGACCACCGCGAGCCCCCUGGCCCCCGCGCUGGCCCCAGACACCAGGGAUGAUACUGAUUUUGACAGGGACUUCCUCAUUGAGCUCAGGGACUUCAAACUUCUGCUGGAUCGGGAAAAGGAGCAUCGGAACGUCACCCUAAGCCACCUCAGAGGGAAGAUACCAGACCGCAUGUGCUCAGAGGUGGAAAGCAACUUCAAGAUUUACUCAAGGGGCAUUAUAAACAUCGGCUGCUCCCUCAACAACUCUCGGGACCUGAGGGAUUUCUUUGUGGAUGCUGUGGAGAGGGUGGUGGAGCCCUGCAGACAGGCUAGGUGGAGGUCCCCUGAGCUGGAGAUCUUCCUGAAGGUGUACGCUGAAGCUGGGUCUGCCCUGGAUAUUAUGGCCAGGUAGGUCUUUGUGUUUGGGGGUGUUUGGAGGAUCGAUCAGCGACAAAUUCCGCCUCCAUGCAUUUGUCAACACUGGAAACAUUGGAGACUUUGUGUUGAGUGAGUGUUGCCUUUGUUGUUGUUGUUGUUGUUGUUGUUGUUGUUGUUGUUGUAAGAGGGGCAAUAGUCAAGGGUAAUGAAAAGGGUGAAAAAAAUGCCCACUGAAUUGCUAGUCCCAAAAGAAAGGUUAGAAUUGUAGUAGUAGUAGUAGUAGUAGUAGUAGCAUCAAUAUCUAUAGCAGUAGUAACAAUAACAGAUUUAAUACUUUCUUUUCCUUCCCAUCUCCACCACCACCACCACCACUACCACUAACAACAACCCAAUUUCCUCUCACAGCUGACGAUUCCAAGCAGAACCUCCGGACACUUCUUCAGGAGGUUCGUUUGUCAUACGGCGCUGGGCUGGCAAUGAGUCUGGGAGGAUUUGCACGUGUGGAGCUCAACUACUGCGUGCCUCUCUUGGUGCAGCGCGGCGACCGACCCAGCCAGGGACUACAGUUUGGUGUGGCAGCCAGUUUCCUAUGAGAUCCUUCCUUCACCCUAGAGGUCCUGGGUUUCUUUACUUGGUCCUCAUUAUCCUUGUCUUUCUCUUGUUUACCUCCUGUCUUCCUUCUUUUGCUUGCCCUGUCUUCUUUCUUUCAAUUCCUAGUCUCUGCCAGCUUCCUCUGAGGUCAUUUCCUUCAUUCUAGAGUCCCUGGAGUCCUUCAUUUGGUCCUAGUCCUUUUCUUUUCUCUGUCUAGCUCCUGUCUUUCUCCUUUGCCCUUGUCUGCCAGCUUCCUCUGAGGUCCUUUCCUUCAAUAGAGAGAUCCUUGGUUCCUUCAUUUGGUCCUUCUAGUCUAGUCCUUGUCUUGCCCUUGUCUACCUUUCAUCUUUCUCCCUUGCCUUUCUUCAUUCAUUCCUUUCAUUCCAUCUAAUCUUGUCUUCCUUCCUUCAUUCCUUUAACUCCCUGCCUUUCUCUCCCUCAUUUUCCACACAGUCAUUUUUCUCUUUCUGUAUCUUUUCUUCUUUACUUCUUCAGUCUAGUCCUUCAUUAUCUCCUCUUUAAGUCUUCCUUUCUCCAGCUUGUCUAUUGUCUACGUAGGAAGGGUAAAAAGAGUGGAUAUAUUGAGUGGAUGGAGUGAGGAAUUGGUGAGGAUGGAAAGGUCAUAUCUUGGGUGGAUCUUAGUAAGGUGGAAGGCUGAGUGAGGGAGGAAAGGUUAGAAAAGAAUGGAGGACAGGAGGAUGAGGAAGGAAAGGUUAGGAAGGGAGAAGGAAAGAAGAUUGGGAAGGGUGGAAGACUAAGUGAGCGAGGAAAGGUUAGGAAGGAAUGAAGGACAAUGUGAGGAUGGGUGUUAGUAAUGGUGUUGUGGGUGAGGAGGAAAAGGUUAGGCUGGCAGCUGCUUCCAUUUACUUAUGCAAGACUUGUACAGUGUAAAAAUACAGUCAUAUAUAUUAAU